AUGAAACAGUUCCAAGAACGCUUUUCUGAACAUUUUUUUGCUACAACGAUUGCGAUGAUCAUGAAGUUUUCAUCGCCUCUAUUUAAAUCGUACUUUAGAUUGUUUGAGAAAAUAAAUUUAAUCAAUCUCAUGACUCAACAAACAACUGAUGUUUUGGGAAUUGAACGAAUAUAUGCAUUCAUUUUACUUGGUAAUUUAGAAGUGAUUGCGAAAUAUUUUUCAAAAAACAUUCAAGUUCAAUGCUUCAACGUUUGUUGUGAGAAAAAUCUUCAACUGAACUUGAAUAAAACAUCUCAUCAAGUAUUCGAAAGGAAAGUCAUUGAUAUGUCCAUUACUUGA